AUGCCAUUUUCAUCGAGUUCGAGAAGUGCGCCGUCAAAUCCCCGUAUUGUCACCCUAUCCACCUCACAAGAUGAAUCAGAGACGUCCAACCAUCAUUCACAAGAUGAUGGUCCGACAUAUACCUUGAGCGUAACCGCCUCAGCACCUUGGCAUAGCAUUACACUUCUUGUUCAUCCCUAUCUCAUCUCGGGAACAGUAUGUAAGAACGUCCCUCGGUACAGAAUCACCGAACCGUCUUAUACUAUCAAAAGCCCUGUUGAAUAUAUCGAUCUGCGAAUUGUGGGUGAUCCAAGUAAAGGACCAUUAAAAAGUCAAGCUGGAUAUUCAGAGGCUCAGGAAUUUGGAACACACCUUGACACGUACUUGAAAAAGCAACCUGAAGUGUCUGCUUAUAUGCCGUUUCCCACUAUACAAGAAGGGGAGAACGUAGUUGACAGACUCAUAUAUGAUACUGAUACCGUCAAUAGUGCCGGGAGGGACUUGAUCAGUCAAUGGGUUGAACAGCAAUAUGAGGAAUGGUCGAGAUUCACAACGGAGACCGAGACGGGGACGUUACCUUUCAAAUGCCACACCGAGCUCGAUACGAAUACUUACCUUAAUCAUUUCCCAAAGAUACCACUUGAUGAUCUAGAUGGAAGACCGACAGAUGUUGAGAGCUACAAACGAAAGACAAGGGAGGAUUGGGAGGGGUAUACGUUUCAUUAUCCCAAGGAGCACAAUCCACAUCAUAACUGGGUGACAAAGAAGAGUUUGCCUUCGGUUAUUCCUUCUAAAGCACAGGAGUUGAGGGGCUGA